AUGAACACCAACCACCCCACCACCAAUCCCCAAUCUCAUCCGCCCACCACUGCUCCGCCGCCCAUUUUCGCACGCGCCUCCGCGUACGGAGCCCCGCCCGACAUGGCCACGAUGUCCGGCAGCGGCGCGCACUGGUUUCAAUCCGAUCUCGACUACGGCUACGACGACCAGGACGCAGAUGGCGACAAUGGCGGGAACGGGGACCACGACCACGACGGCGGAGACACUCGCGAUUCCAAGCGGAGGAGGAUUGCGCGAGCGUGCGACAUGUGUCGGAAGAAGAAAAUCAAGUGCGAUGGAAAGAUGCCCAAAUGCAGCCAUUGCGAAAAUUACAAGACCGAAUGCAUCUUCACGCACGUGGAAAAGAAGCGAGCGCCCCCCAAAGGUGCCAAAUAUAUUGAGGGAUUAGAGAAUCGAUUGGGGAGAAUGGAGAGCCUGUUGCGCCUGUCAGGCUUGCUCGCCGAAGACGAUGGUGGCCGCACUGAUCUGGGGACACUGGAGAAGCGCUUGGCGGAACGACAACGGCAACCAAGUAACGCUGCCAGCCCCAUCUCACAACACUCCUCCAAUCAACAAGGGACCAAAGCGUUCAACACACCGGUGCAGGCUGCUGGCCAAGACCAACAUGCCAGUCCACCUGCUAGCGGUAUUGCAAUCUCGCCCGACGCAAACAAGAGUCAACCCGACGUGUUCAGAAAGGAUGCGAAAGAAGUCGAUGCACUUGCCGAUCAGAUGUGUAGCCUCAUUACCAACAACUGCGGCGAGACCCGUUACAUUGGAUCUUCUUCGGGCUUCAGCAUCUUCAGUCCCAAGGGGAUCCAGUGGGUGAAUGAAAAGACGGGAGACAGCAGCUUUCAGUCAAUGAUCGCUGCCGCCACCCACGAAGACAGACACACGUGGGACCAUUGGAAGCCUGAAGUCUUCAACGACCUCUUUCAGAGAAAGAUAUUCAAGCCACUCCCACCUCGUCAGGAAUGCUACGCUCUUCUCAGAGACUACUUCGAGAAUUUCAACUGCAUGUUUCCCCUGUUCCAUGAGCCGACAUUCAUGCACCUCGUGGAUAAACACUACUCUCUGGAGCCCUACGACAGCUCUGGCUGGUGGGCCAGUCUGAACGUUGCUCUCGCUAUCGGGCACAGGUUACGAGUAAUGAGCAAUGUAGUUGGCCAAGAAGAAGAUGACGUUGCUUGGGCUUACCUGAAGAAUGCCAUGGCGGUUAUAUCGGAGUUGACCAUGCGCAACACUGACCUUCUCUCGGUUCAGGCGUUGCUGGGCAUGGCACUGUUUCUGCAGGGAACGCCGAAUCCGCAGCCAAGCUUUUUCUUGGUCGCCGCUGCCAUACGGCUCGCGCAUUCGAUCGGCCUGCACAAGCGUGGUUCAGGUUUCAACCUGAAUGAGGUGGAGAACGAACAGCGCAAGCGUGUGUUCUGGAUAGCCUAUCUCAUGGACAAGGAUAUAUGUUUACGAUCGGGGCGGCCUCCGGCGCAGGACGACGAUGACAUGAACGUAGACCUUCCAUCGGAAGACCCGCCUGACAAUAUUGGCAAUGUACCUCUGGCUCAUGAGAAAGAGGGCAAAAAGACCAUGAACUUAUUCAGAUUGAUGUGCCAGUUUGCGCAAAUCCAAUCUAGGGUGUACAAGCAACUGUACUCUGUCAGGGCAAGCCGCCAGAGCGAUGGCGAGCUGCUCAACACAAUCGGCGAACUGGACGCAUCACUAGAGGAGUGGAAGGACCAGAUACCGAUUGAUUUCCGACCAGAGCACGAAAUCAAGGCCGCUCAUACGCCGCUGAUCCUGCAUGUUGUUGUGUUGCAUUUCGCCUAUUACAAUUGUUUGACCACCAUCCACCGUAUGAGUGUGCACCACGGAUACUGGACCAGUCGCCUGAGCGAUUACGCAAUUCAAGGACUGAAUGCUAGGCCACUCAACCCGAGAGUGUUCAUGAGCGCUGCUUUGUGUGUCAACGCGGCGAGAACGAGCAUUGGCCUGAUUCGCUACAUUCCUCAAGGCGACUAUGCCUGCGUCUGGUGAGUCCCGCUCCUUGCUUUUUUAUAGCUGCUCCUGUUCUAACGUACCUAGGUUGAUUCUCUAUUACCCGGUAUCGGCGUUAGUCACGCUCUUUGCAAACAUCCUGCAGAACCCUCAGGAUGCCCGCGCUCGCUCUGACUUGAAGCUGAUGAGCAGUGUGGUCUCGUUCCUCACGAUGCUGGAGCGAGAUGUCUCCGAGGCGAAUGGAAACGUGCGCCGCAUGCUUUCUGUCUGCGCCGAGUUUGAGCGGAUCGCCCGAGUUGUGUUGGACAAGGCCGAGCGGGAGCUACGCGGACGCGGCAAGAGGAAGCAAGCCGAACGUGAACGGGAGAAGGCGCUGAAGGAAAGAGGAAGCGGUGAAAUCGCACAGGGCCUAGAGGAUGGCAAGAGCUUGGAGCAGAUCCAGGUCGAGACUCAAGCGCCAUACAGGAAGCCAGUACAUACACCAAGCUUUCGAGCAUCAGUCAGUGGCAGCCAGGCUGGCAGCCAGACUGGUAACAGUCCUGCAUGGUCAGGAAGCCCUCCGGGUGGUACCGGGCCAGAGUAUCGUGCUGCAAGCAAUUCACGACCACAGAAUCAGCCACCCAACGGCCAGGGCCAGCCUCCGUACAUGCCUUCGCAACAUCCAGAUAGGGCGGGCCCCUUCAGUGCUCCCCAGCCGUUCGCGAUGCAAAGCGGCAUGGACCCCGGUUUCAAUGGCUCGCCUAUACAGCAGCAAUUCUCCGCACCUCAGCCCAUAGGCCCGGAUGGCUUCCAUGGGACCGGCUUCUCCCCGACGCCUGUGACGAACGAGUUCGGCAUGCACUUCACCCCGGCCUCCGGGCCCGGCGACCUGAGCGCCGGAGGAGCAAACGCCUUCCAGCAACCCUUCGUCCCACAGGACCUCUGGCAAAUGCCCAUGACGCUCGAAUGGGACUGGGCGGAAGGCCUGGGUCUGGGCAGUUUCACGCCUGGGCCCAUGUUUGACCCCUCCGCUCCGGGCUUCGAUUCUCAGCAAGCACCACCGAUGGGUCCUCCGCAAUGA